AUGUCGUGGUUGCAUCGAUCAAUUGGUGGUGCUGCUCUAGGGCACUGGAGACCUGCAGAGGAUGAGAAGCUGCGGGAAUUAGUUGAAAGAUAUGGACCUCAUAACUGGAACGCCAUAGCUCAAAACCUACAUGGUAGAUCAGGGAAGAGUUGUAGGUUGAGAUGGUUCAAUCAACUGGAUCCAAGAAUCAACCGCAGCCCUUUCACGGAGGAGGAAGAGGAGCGGCUGCUUGCAUGCCACCGCAUCCACGGCAACCGGUGGGCUAUAAUUGCUCGCCACUUUCCAGGCCGGACAGACAAUGCUGUCAAGAACCAUUGGCAUGUCAUCAUGGCCCGGAAAUGCAGAGAAAGGUCGAAAUUGCACACAAAACGGGCUUAUUCGCACAACCAGCAGCCAUCCUCAAUGAUAUCAAAGCAUCACAACAACGUUAAUUCAGCAGCUGUAGAGAAGCUUCCAGCUCACAGAAUUUUUGACAACCCUCCAUCAUCAUAUAGCUACCAAUUACUCCCACAUUGGAAGGACCAUCAUCAUCAUCAGUCUACUAAAGUACUGUUCUAUCAUCCCAAGAUAGAUGAAGAAAGUAGGAGCAGCAGCAAAGCAGUGGAGUUCUAUGACUUUCUUCAAGUGAACACAGAUUCCAACAGAAGUGAAGUGAUAGACCAUGCAAAUGCGAUUAGGAAUAAAGAUAAUGAAGAAGAAGUGGAGCAAGAAGCUGCAGCUCAUCUUCAUAUUAAUCAAACCAACAAAUCUUCUCCAGCUCCACCAUUCAUAGAUUUCUUAUCUGUGGACGGCAGAUCAUCAUCUUCUCUGUAAUUCUGACUUUUCUUCAUCAUCGAUGAUUAACUAGCCAGUUUCCUCAUGUAGCUAACUAUAUAUGUGUAUGGGAUCUUCUUGUACUAUAUGCAUCAACUGAAUGCAUAUAUAUACAUAGAGAUAUAGGUAGAUACAGAUACAUACAAAUAUAUAUAUGUAUGCAUGCAGGUUAAUUAUGUGCUCAAAUGUUGAAUGGAUUACAGAUAAAAUGAAAUUUUCUUGUAAAGACUA